CUCUGUUUUGUGGUUAUGAUUGUUCAUGUAAAAUUGGGUUAUAUUACUUUGUAUUUACUUAAAUAUGCAUUUUAGAUUUAAAAUGAUUUAGAUCUAUAUUAUUGUCCAGUGAAAUGGCUUUACGAUUAUUCGCAUCUAAAUUUAUACCACGGUUAAUAAGAACAUCCACAGUUAAUAAAUUUGUGCCCAAUAGACUUUCAUUUCCCAAAGUCCAGAGUGCAACAGUUAAUCCACUUAUUAAACAGCAUAGUACACAGCAGUCUCAGCCUUUAGGAAAAUUAGAAGGAAAAUUGUUUCUGCAGUAUACUUGUAAAGUUUGCACUACACGAAAUGAACAUCACAUUUCUAAAAUUGCUUAUGAAAAAGGAGUCGUUAUUGUCACAUGUACGGGUUGCAAGAACAACCAUUUGAUAGCAGACAAUCUCAGAUGGUUUACUGAUUUGAAUGGAAAAAGGAAUAUAGAAGACAUUUUAGCAGAAAAAGGUGAAAAAGUGCGAACAAUUGGAGUUGGAGAAUUUAUAAAAUGAUAGCGGAAACAAAAAUUACAUGUAGAAAUUUUGAUAAUAAACUAACAUUAAGAACUUAA